AGUUUGCAGCCAAGAUAAGAAGGGGAGGGGCUUCUGCACAAUAACACUAGGCUGUCACUGUGCCAGGCUCAGAGUAGCUGGGACUUCGCUGGCAGUCGCAGCCUCCAAGAUGGCUCUCUUCCUCCCGAUCCUCCUGGCUUUACUGGCCUCUGUCCUUGGAGGCCUCUACAUGUUGGGAGCGUUUCGGAAGCGAAAACCCAACGAGCCGCCGUUAGACAAAGGAUCCAUCCCAUGGUUGGGAUACGCUCUUGAGUUCCGUAACAACACGGCUGCCUUCUUGCAGAGGAUGCAGAAGAAACAUGGAGACAUCUUCACAGUUCAGAUCGCGGGCUAUUACUUCACCUUCGUGACAGAUCCACUCUCCUUUGGUCCCAUCAUUAAGGAAGCCAAAAGGCUGGACUUUCAGCAGUUUGCGGCAGAGUUGGUGGCCAGGGUGUUCGGCUACCAGUCUAUGGCCAAUGACCACAAGAUGCUGGAGAAAGCCAGCACAAAGCACCUCAUGGGCGAUGGCCUUGUGCUUAUGACUCAAGCUAUGAUGGACAACCUCCAAAACUUGAUGCUUCAUAAUGUCGGUGCCGGAAAUGGUGAAAAAAAAUGGCAUCAAGACGGGCUUUUCAAUUACAGUUACAACAUCGUCUUCCGAGCCGGCUACCUGGCUUUAUUUGGAAAUGAGACACCAAAAAGUAAGGGCGAUGUAGAAACGGCCAAGAAACUUGACCGUGACCUCUCCGAUGAACUGUUUUAUGAGUUCAGAAAGUACGACCAGCUGUUCCCGCGCCUGGCUUAUGCCGUCCUGACACCGAAAGGCAAGUUGGAAGCCGAACGGCUGAAGAGGCUGUUCUGGAACAUACUUUCCAUCAAAAAAACCCUACAGAAGGAAAAUAUCAGCGGGUGGGUCACCGAUCAGUUCCAGUUUAGGGCUGAGAACGGGAUGCCAGAAAAUAUGCAAGACCGGUUCAUGUUUCUUCUUCUUUGGGCCUCUCAGGGUAACACCGGACCUGCGUGUUUCUGGCUCCUCGUCUUUCUCAUGAAAGACCCGGAAGCUAUGCAGGCUGUAAGUGAAGAAGUUCAACGCGUUCUCAAAGAAACCGGGCAACAAGUCAAAUCAGGUGGACCGCUCAUCAACCUCACCAGAGACAUGCUGCUGAAGACACCCGUUCUGGACAGCGCCGUGGAAGAAAGCUUACGUAUUACAGCUGCCCCAGUGUUGGUAAGAGCUGUCAAGGAGAACCUGAACCUCAAGAUGGCCAAUGGAGGAGAGUAUGCCAUCCGUAAAGGAGACCGCGUUGGCAUGUUCCCGUACACCGCGGUGCAAAUGGACCCAGUGGUCCACCCCGAACCCGAGAAGUUCAAGUACAACCGCUUCCUCAAUGAGGACGGUAGCAAAAAGACUGAAUUCUACAAAAACGGGAAACGGGUGAAAUAUUUCACCAUGCCGUGGGGAGCCGGCACCACAAUCUGCCCCGGGCGUUUUUUCGCCAUCAACGAACUCAAACAAUUUGUGUUUUUGAUGCUGUUGUAUUUCGAGUUUGAGCUUGUGGAUCCUAAAGAGGAGAUUCCACCCGUCGAUGAGAGUCGUUGGGGUUUUGGAACUAUGCAACCAACCAAAGAUGUCCAAUUCCGGUACAGGUUACGAUAUUAGACCAAGAAGACAACAUCCUCCAAGAAUCAUUUCUUUGGGCCAGAUUCACAAAGAGAUACGACGGUGUAUCUACAGAUACACCAUCGUAUCUCUGACUUACACUGGUCC